AUGGAUCUCUUAAUCAGCAGAGAGGCCAAUGCCAAUCCCGACUCUAAUCCCGAACAGCGCCGAAGAGCGUGUAUCCCUUGCUCGAGUUCAAAGCGCCGCUGCGAUAUGGCCCGCCCGUCGUGCAAUCGAUGCUUAGAUAAACAGCUUCCAUGCCGAUACUCUUCAAGCCGCCUCUACGCGCGGAGAGGCGUCAAGCCAAAGACGGGCGGAAUUACGGAGCCGGAAGCCUCUCUAAACUCUCCGUUCUCCGCCUUGCUUGAGAGUGGUGACGAUGACGGCGAGGAAAGCAAUUGCAGCGGCGGAAACUAUCAUAGGAGUGCUGGUACUCAUAGUAGUACUGCCAAUACGCCGUAUGCCACUGCGUGGUUUCUCCAAGUCGAGCACUGGGUCAUCCAUCACGGUGACAGAAACGCAAUUAAACCUCCCAACAUCCGCAGCUCAGCUGUGCAGCAGUACAUUUGCUGUGUGAGACAAUGGCUUCGGCAGUGGAUUGAGUGUGGCCACUGCCCUGUGAUACACAAAUCACUGUUUGCCGACACCAAGAUGCCGUCAUGCCUUCAAGAUGCAUAUGCCGCUCUGGCCGUGUACAGCUUCAAGAAUGAACACAACGAGGACACGGUGAUGCAGCACAUCGAAGACAAAGCCAAUUCACUGUUAGAAGAGAAUUCUGUCCAUCAAGCUCUUCUUCUCGAUCCCUUUGCCUCCGCAUCUCCUCUCACCACUGUUCAACACCUUGCCAGAGUUCUCUCCUUGUUCGUAUACCAGUUCAUCCGUCUCUAUGACGGCAAUAUCCGUCAACGAGCCCAGGCCGAAAAGAACAUGCCCCUGCUAAAAUCCUGGACCUGCCAGCUCUGGAGUUCGGUCAGCAUCGACGUCACCGUGCAAAACACAUUCGGCGGCGAUUAUCUCGUCACCCAGCGUGAUGCCGAUGCAACCGUCAAGCUGUGGCGCAUCUGGAUCCUGAUGGAGAACGUGCGCCGCGUCUGGAAGGUGAGCACAUACAUGAGGUGCAUCUACUUUGUAUCUCGAGACGGAGCCGCUGCUUGCGAGGGGACCAUUGAUUUCACAGCUCGACGGGGGCUCUGGGAUGCGCCCUCCGCUACGACAUGGAGACACUUGCUGGAGCGAAAGGAUCCUUUGUUUACUGUGCCGUUUAUGUCUUCUCGGCUGUUUGACACGACGACUCCGCAGGAUAUUGAUGUCUUUGGGCUGGCUACUAUGACUCUCACGGUGGAUUCGGACAAGAUGGACUCGUGGGUCGCGAGUUCAUCGGAUAUGCAUUUAGAGGCGUUGCUAAUGACGGCAUGA